ACUUCCGGGUGUUAUCUCCCUUGGUCUCCCCUUCGAAGCACUAACUCGAGCCCGAAAAUGAAGUUUGUUCAGGUCGUCAUAAUCAGCAUUUUUGUCCUGAUCGGGCUGUCUUUGGCAGCUGAGACUUCGGAAGAUAAGAAAGAAGCAGAGGUGGACGAGGAAACUUUGGACUAUGCGAAAGGAUCUGUUUGCGGAUAUUGCACGUACUGCAAGUUUUGCAAACUCUGUGAUGCAGACUGUCCAUGUGAAAAAAGUGCUUCCAAACCUAACUGUAAAAUGUGCAAAUACUGUAAGUUCUGCUACCUGUGCUCCGCCAUGUGUGACACAGUCUGUAAGCCAGGUGGUGUACUAGAUACAGUGUCUGCUGCUAUUGUGAAUGCUCUGCCAUCCGUCAACAAGGAGGAGGUGCAGGAUGACCUAGACUCCGUCAAACCCUGGAUUGACCGCAAAGAUGAACUUUAAUGGCUGCCCUUUGUAGGCAUUAUGUGAACAAUUACAUUUUAUUUCAUCCAUCAUACAAUUCUUUUGUCUAAAGUUUGUUAAAUUUUCAAGAUAUGCACUACUAUUUAAAGAAAAAGCCCUUUACUUUUAUUAAUUGAACUACAUGAGAUAACUGUAAUAUGUUGAAAGCAAAACUGAACCCCCAAUUAAUUACUGUUAACAGAAUUGUUGUUUAAUGUGUGAUGGACUUAGAUUUACCUUCAUCCCAAUCCGUUUUAUGAUAAUGCAGAUGUGGAUACAUAAUUUGUACAAAAGAAAAAUAUUUAAGAAAUCAUGUGAAUGGAGUAUACGGAUGGAGAUGAAGCGUAGGUACAUUCUGACAUUCCUUUGAACUGACUGAAAUUGUUUGACUGCUCAAAAAUUGUGUUGUUAGAAACAUUUGUUUACUCAAAGGUUCAAAGCAUUUGAUCAAAAUUUUAUAAAACUAUUAUUAUUAUGUUACUGUCUUUUUGUUCUUGAGAAACUGAAUGUCAAACAAAACUGUUCAAAUAAUUAGUUUGUGAAAUUUUAUUUUAUUUUAUAUUUUUGACUUGUGUGCAUAUAUAUACAUUAAUUAUGUGUGUGUAUUUGUGUUUGCACAAUAACCCUUCAGCUUGAAUAAGUAACACUGAAUUACACUUGUAGUUGUUAGAUGUAGAAUAUAAAAAGGGAGGUAAAUGCUACUGGAGAGUAUAAUUUUCAAAUACAACAGGACGAUAGCAGCAUCAAGGUCUCUUCAAAUUUGAAUGUACAAGAUUAGUCCGCUAAUAUAUGAAUUAAAUGUCAAGGUUACUGGUUAGUCAUACUAAUAUAGUUUUGUUGUUUAAGAAAGCAAGUCUUUUUCUUGAGUUGGGAGUAGGGUGAAGAUGUUUAAGUAAAACUACUGAAAAGUCAUACUUGUCUUUUCUAUGUGCAGCCACUGUUGAGAGUUAUCAGCCCUUGUCAUAAAUGCUCUCAAGCUCCCCACAGUGAUAGUCUGUUCACGGAGCUCUCUAUACUAUCGCUGCCACCAGUCAAAACUCCCCACUGUGAUAGGUGACCACAACCAUGCUUGGAGUUGAACUCACAACCAACUGACUGUUAUAUUUACAAACAAGUGAUGACUGCCGUGACACCGAAUGAUCUUACCCCAGCUAAAUUAUUUUCUUUGUUUGUCAAUUUGAAUUUCUAUAUUGUUCCAACUAUCAUGUAACAGGGAAGUUGAGUGAUUUUCCGUCAGUCUGAAAUCUCGAACCAAUCUGAUUGUACAAACAAAAAAGUAAAUUCAUCUUGAAAACAUGGUCAGUCUUAAACCUUUUCAAAAUGAACUAUGAUGGCAUUCCCAAAGAUAUAAACAAAUGUAUAAAUGUUACUACAUUUGGGGUUAGAGGGCAAAUUUCAAGAUUCUUGUAAUGGCCGCGCCCUCACUGGUGGCAGCGAUGUUACUGAGAGUGUAACAAAGGUGUCACACGCUGGGAAGGAGCUUGUAAUGCUCUAAGAGAAAAUCUUGAGCAGAUUUGAAGAUGGUAAUUGGGUUUGUCAACAAAACAAUGUACCUUGCAAAGUAUCUCUGAUAAUUAAUACUUAAUUUCUCACAGAACAAUGAGUUGUCAGUUGAGAGUUAUCUGCCCUUGUCAUGACUGCUGAUACUGGAAAUGAAAAAUAAUUAAUAGGGCUUAAGGCCGACCCGAGUUAGGUUAUUCCCCUCUACUGACUGUUAUCAGUAAUAUUUAUUGAGCUGUCAUCACGCUGUCUCUUAGAAUGCUGGACUCAUCAAGCAAUGGUUUGUGGUUCUGGGGUUGAAGAGAGAUAAUCAACAGUUAAAGACUUCUUGCAUCCUAUUCUUUUACCAAAAUAGCCAUUAUGGAACACAAUAGCCUCUAUGGAUGCAUGUUUUCAUGAACUUCAUUAGAGAAGUGGAUAUUUGUUUUUUAUAGGUGACUAUGUUAUGUAUAUUUAUAUUGGGUUUUAAAUAUGCCAUUCAGAAUUCAUAUUUUUUGUAUUUGAGUUGUAAUACAUUCACAGAGUCAUCAAACUUACUUCCUGAUGUUAGCAAAAGUCCAGAACUGGCCCAGCAGUUGAGUCAAUUAAGGAGUGCCGUUCCCUUGAUACAUAUAACGUAUUCAACGUAAUAAGCGCCCACGGCGAUAUUUGCUAAUAUAUUGGCUUGUGAACAAUCCCAAUUAGCACCCCUUCCGAUUGAUCAAUGUACACAAGAGUUAUUUAUUCUUGUAUAAUACAUG